AUGAUGCAAAAGUUUAUCGUUGUCAUCCUCCUUGCGACCGGACCUGUUCUCCACGUUGGUGCCGGUGGAUAUGGUUAUGGUUAUGGCUAUGGCUGUGGAGGAUAUGGUGGUUGCGGAUAUGGUGGAGGUGGAGGCUGGUCAGCUGCGGCAGGAGCAUUUCUCGGAAGUCUUGCUGGAUCAAUGAUCGCUAAUGGCGGCAUGGGUGGCAUGGCUAAGCUUGAGGCCAUCAUCCCAGGAAUUCGUGCCGGUACGGGUUUUAGCUGGGUUAUGCCUAUAUUUGGGUCAAAACGACAUGAAGCACGAACAGUUGCGCAAACGGCUGCGCUCGAAGGUGGAGCGUAG